CCAUCCGCGACCCGCAAGCCCACCCACCGCCCCGUCAACCCGCAUCCAACCAUCACAAUGUCGGCCACCUGGAAAGUUGCCGGUCUCUCCUACAACCGCUACAUCUCGGUCGCAUCGCGCGUUGUCCGCCGAUCCCUCAAGGAGGAGCAGCGCAUCGCCGCUGAGCGCAGGGGUGUCAGUGAGCUCAGGUUCGCCAAGUGGGAGAACGGCAAGCAGGGCGAUGUCAAGGAGCUGAACGACGCUGCUCUUCUGGCACAGGCUGCGGCCAAGGCUGAGGCUUCCGCUUAAAUGCGCUGCGCAUAGUCUGGGGGGAAGAGGGCUGAGGUGUGAAUGCAUACAUGUACUAUCAAUGCCAAAGGAAGCUUUCUGGAGGACAGGCCAAAGCCAAUACAUAACCUGAUUUGAACCCA